AUUUCCCCGGUGACGUGACCAGAUAAUAACACGGAAGUAGAUCCGCCGACGACAAGCAGACCGAAACUUGACGAGCCUCGAGCUUCAUUUCACUUCUACUGACAAAAACGAUACCAUCAUGCUGGGUGGAGGCUUCAAGGUGGAGCGGCUGAGAGUGAAUCUUCGUUUGGUCAUCAACCGACUCAAACUCCUGGAGAAGAAGAAAACCGAGCUCGCUCAGAAGGCAAGGAAGGAGAUCGCAGACUACCUGUCAGCAGGGAAGGAUGAGCGGGCGCGAAUCCGUGUGGAGCACAUUAUUAGGGAGGACUACCUGGUUGAAGCCAUGGAGAUCCUGGAGCUUUACUGUGACCUGCUGCUGGCCCGAUUUGGCCUCAUUCAGUCCAUGAAAGAGCUAGAUCCAGGCUUACAGGAGGCUGUGUCCACUCUGAUCUGGGCGGCACCUCGUCUCCAGUCCGAAGUCUCUGAACUGAAAAUUGUUUCUGACCAGCUUUGUGCCAAAUACAGCAAGGAGUACGGCAAGCUGUGCAGGACAAACCAAAUCGGCACAGUCAACGACAGGCUGAUGCACAAGCUGAGCGUGGAGGCUCCUCCCAAGAUCUUAGUGGAGCGCUACCUCAUUGAGAUCGCUAAGAACUACAAUGUGCCAUAUGAACCAGAUGCAAUGGUCCGACCUGAAGUGUGUCCCGGGGAGGAGGCGGACUUGAUUGAUGUGGAUCUUGACAGAAAGCCCGGCGGAGGAGGCAGUGGCAGUGGCGGCGGCGGCGGUGGUUUCACAGCGCCCGGCAUGCCCAUGCCCAUGCAUAUGCAAAUGCCCAUGCCCAUGCCCAUGCCUAUGCCAACGCCAUUCGACUACCCUCCACCCAAAGGAGCAGCACCUUUCAAUCCCAACGUUGGAACCUACAACAGCUUUCAGCACCCCAUGGGAGGAGGGCAACCCCCUCAACUGCCCACCUCUCCCCCCACCUACGAGUCUAUUGACGAAAUAACUGACAGUUCUGCUCCUUCCCAGGCUGUUGGUCCUGGUCCCGCGCCCCAAGCCUUUGACAACAACGCCCUUCCUGAACUCCCCUCUGUUCCCGACACGCUGCCCGCGUCAUCUUUCGGAGGAAAUACCACCAGUUCAGACGACAUUGAUUUUGACGAUCUAACACGGCGCUUUGAGCAGUUGAAGAAGAAGACCUAAUUGCGGAGUCAGACACUCACUCACACACACGCACGCACACACACACACUCUCGACUAUAUACUCUCCCACACGUGAGCUGGUGUUACUAAUGCGUCUUGAUUUGGGAAGUAAUAUAUAUGUUUUCUUUCUUUCUACUCUGAAGUUUUUUAGAGAAAUGUAACAUGUAUUCUUACCUCAUGUAGAUACAUAUGACCCAAGGGUGGAACUUUCCCAAAAUGCUAACUUUAUUUUAGAAGUCAAUCAUGCUUCCACUUCUGUUCAUUUGAUAUCUUGGAUACAAUGAAAUUCUCAUCUCUGACUGGCUGGUGGGUGGGUGAGGAGGGCUGUUUCCAUCUCUUUUCCUCUCACACAUGCCAUCGCUCUCUGACCAGUCAAGCCAGUCUGACUACCCGCCCUGGUUCCACAGGCAUUCAAACUCCUUGCAAGGGCCGUGGCUCUGUUGCGCCAAAACUGGUUUUGAGAAUGGUUACUGGAAGCUGUGAUAUCGUCCCUCUGUGCUGGUUGUCAUUCUGGAAAAUACUAGCCUUCCGAAAUCUCUCAAGGCAUCUGUUUUGUUUCUAGCACAAAGAGGGCUUCUCUGAAUAACCAGGAAGAGACUGGCAUCUGUGACCGUGCUGAAAUGAGAUGGAGCUUAUGUACAAUGACGGUUAAUGACACUGUAGUCUCGUGGAAGGUUUUGCUCACGCGUUGUUGAGUCAACACCUGACAUGUUCGAUACUUACUUUUAUCCUCCCUCAACUGUUUUGAAUGUUUGAACGCUCUUUUAAUUGUAGUUUUAAAUGAACAAGCAGCAUGUUCCGGUCUGACGAAAGACCCUGACGUAAUGUAAACCUCUCUUAUGUCAUCACCAUCCACUGCUGCUUUUGCCUUAUUAAAACUUCUUUAUACGAA